AUGGGUGUCUCCUGGGUUCUCCUGGGGCUUGCUCUGGGGGCUGCAGCCAUCGUGCUGGCCAUGUCAAUUUACAUAUUGCUUUACUGGUCGAGGCCUAGCGACAAAUGGGUCGAGUUGCCGUCUCGGAUUUUAGUUGUCUUCUCUCUUUUCUUCCUGUUCAUGCUCCCUGUCAUGAUCCCCCUUGAUCGGGCGAAUAGUUCAACGUUCAAUGCUACGUCUCCAGUUGGGAUAAAUCCGACCAUCAUGUCAUAUAUUUGGGUCGGAUUGAUGCUCUUCGCAAUUUUUUUGGCAACAUUUCUCCUCCCUCUCUGCUACUUCUACAUCUCUUCUCGUAAUGCCGGAGAAACGAUAGGAAGGUCGUUGCUUGGGGGCCUCUGGAAGGCCGCAGUCAUCAUCGCGAGCACGCUGCUCUUGUCUGCAUUUCUGUGGUGGCUACUGGAAGUAAGGAACACCUGCCCAAAGCAGACGACAAAUGCCCUGGCUGCACCAGAGAGGAUUCUGAAAGCGUCCACAUCUUCGACCAUGCCUAUCUACAUUUACUUCAUUGUUUUUGCUUGCUUCCUCGGUAGCAUAAUUUUCGUUUUGUUCUUAUCCGUCGGGCUAUUUAUUUAUCCCGUAUCAUACAUCAUUAGGUUUAUCAAACGGCCUCAUAGCAUGAACAAGGACGAGCUCCUCACGUUCAAGCAGCGCUACAAGCAGAGGUCACUCAAUCUUUUGAAGGAGUACGACAGAAUAUAUGAACUACUGAUCAAAGAGUACAGCCGAGACCACGUUGAAAGGAUGAUAAAGAGAAACGAAAGAAGCGCCCUGUUCAGCAGGUCAUCUUUAAGGAAAGAGGCACGUAAUUUCGAGAAGCUUGAGCGAGACCUCGAGGAGAUGGAGAGGGAGUACACUGACACUCUCGCCAUGAAUAUCAAGGAGACAGCUAAUCCACUCAAGUACUAUUUACUACUGGUACUUGGAAUAUUUUUCUUAAUAGUUUCUGUGCUCUGGUACAUCCAGAUAAUAGCGGCCGCGCUACCUAAGCCCUUUUACAUUUUAGACAAAGCAUUCGCAGCCAUGGACAGUGCCUUGCCUUUCCCCAUCCUGUCGAUAAUCUUUUACAGUAGCCUCGCCAUUUAUAUCUUGUUCUGUUUUGUUAACGGGGUGACAAUCCUGGGACUCAAGUUUGUGUUUUUCAUGAAGAUCUACCCUAUGGAGCGGAACAACACGCCCCUUGUGGGCUUUGUAUUUAAUUCUAUGAUGAUGUGUGUAGGUGCGCUCCCGUCUCUCCUGUUUCUUAUCGUGAUGAUGAGCGAAUAUACUAAUGCGUCUGGUGUGUACAAACUCUUCAAGGACACAGUUGCCAAUGCAUGCAAAUUCGAUGCUUGGUUUCUGAACAUGUACUGGGCUAUAGUCGCACUAUCUCCGGUUGCAGUAGCCCUCUGGGUGACAUAUGUAUUUGUUCAGUGCAAGCGCUGCAAGAUUCGUAAGCGGACUAGUGAGGAUGACAGCAAGAAGAGUAAGAAGGGUACGAAGGAGUCGAAGGGCCUCAUGAGCGUAUUCGGGCCCAAGGAAAGUGGAACAGGCAUCCCUACAAAGGGAGCCAUGGUGAUGAACGUUGCAAAGAACAUGAUUGGACUGAACGACUGA